GUGCGACCAAGCAGAAGAGAAAGAGGGGAAGGAGGGAGGGAGGGCAGAGGGAAUAAAUGCAAAAAGGCCGACUGUGAAAAAAGGGUGAAAAAUAUGCACAAGAGCUGCAUUAGUUCUUGUCCGCUAAGAACAAAAAACAUUGUGUUCGUGAAUGGGAGCUGGUGAGCUCAGGCACAAGGCGAGUGCAAUGAGAAACCAGGCAGACUUCAGUCGCUGGUGUUGCUGAACACCAAUCCUCUCUCCCUCUGUCUCUCGCUGUCUGUCUCUGCCAGCUAGGACUGAGACUUGUGUGCGACGUGGAGACUCCUCUGGUGGCUGCUUUCAGGGCUGUUCCCCUCCCUGCUGCCCCGGCUGUGUUUGGGCUAUGGUCUUGACUGAGAAGCAGAGCAUCACCCAGAUGCGGGGCUCUAACUGUAUGGGAGGUUAAGCCUGUAAACACCAGCAUGGGAGCCAAACAGAUGAAAUGCCUCAGCUCAGCCAGCCCUGCUCACUCCCCCAAAGAGGAGUAUGUUAUCACCCAGUCCACUGACACCCCUAAAGAAGAAACAAGCCAUGAUCAGUUGGAGAACCAGGGGGAAACUCGGGAUGACAAAUCUGAGCUGACAGAGAAGAAAUCUGUCACAGAAGAGGUGUCUCUGUGUGGAUUGUGUCCCUCCCUCGGGCACAAUGGGCAGGAGGAGGAGAAGUCCUGGGAGGAGCAGCUGGACGCCCACCAGGAGCAGCUGGAGAAGGAGAUGCAGGAGGCCAGGAGGAUGGUGUUCCGCCUACAGGCUUUGUUGCUCCAUGGCUCCCUCCCUGAGGAGGACCAGGAUGGAUCUGUAAACUUCGGAGAUAACCGGGCUAACACUGAACAGCAGCUGGUCCUAAUCCGCAGUCGUCUGGACCAAAGCGUGGAGGAAGCCCUUGAUCUCAAGAGGGAACUCCUGAGACACAAACAGGAGGCACGCCACCUUCAGGCCAUCAAGGAUGCUCUGCAGCAGCGCCUGGCAGUGCAGGAGGAUGCUGUUCUGCAGCUAAAGCAGGAACUACUGAGGUGCAGCAUGGCCAAGGAUCAGCUGGAAGGGGAAAAUGUGGAGCUCAAACACAAGUUGAGUGAACGGAACAAAUUACUCAGUGAAUAUGAGCAGCAACUCGGGAGGAAGGACAGAAUACUGCAGCAACAGCAACAAAAGCUCGAUGAAGCACAGCAUAAAGCACAUGAAGCCAACCUUGGACGGUCAUUCAGGAGUGAAAGUGGUGGUUACAGUAACUCAUUGGCUUCGACAUCUCCUGCAGUAUUCCAACACAGUGCACCGGGGGAAGAGCUUCAGCUGGUCAGGGAGGCACUGCGUAGUUUGAGGGACAGCUUUUCUGGUCAUGACCCCCAACAUCAUACCCUGGACACCCUGGAGCAGGGUGUGUCCAGCCUCAUGGACCGAUUACACUCUUUGGACACCCAGCGCCGACAGGACAGAGGGGAGGAAUUUAAAUCACCAGGACGUAGAGCCAACUCAACAGACCGUGACUCCUGGCCACCGAGUUCAAAAAUGGCGCACUCACACAGCAGCCCGGGAUUGGACACCGCCGUCUCCACUAAAGUGCUCUACUUCACUGAUCGCUCGCUGACUCCGUUUCUGAUUAAUAUCCCAAAAAGGCUGGGUGAGGUGACACUGCGAGACUUCAAGGCCGCUGUGGACAGACAAGGCAGUUUCAGAUACCACUUCAAGGCCCUCGACCCAGAGUUUGGCACAGUGAAAGAGGAGGUAUUUCAGGACGGAGCAGUCGUGCCUGGCUGGGAAGGGAAGAUUGUAGCGUGGGUGGAGGAGGACCACGGAGACAGGAGGUAGAGCCCAAAAACCAGAGAUCACCACUACAAACCUCAGUUGUUCCCACUGGACCAGGAUUCCACUGAAACUACUUGUGUUGCCAUAUUAGGAAAAAAGGUUGUAAUACAGUUCACUGGGACCAAUGGAUCUAACACAAUUUUGAUACAAAAAGUGUUGAAUGUUUUAAAAGUGAAUGUUUCAUAUGAAGAAUUUGACUUGACAUUUAGGUACCACUUGAAUGGAUAUUGUUUGCAGCUCAUAAAUUAACAUGUGGGACUACAAACUAAUGGUCAGUAAUGUGAAACUUGAAACUGAAUUAUAAAAGAAAGUUAAUGCUAUUUACAAUAAAUAAAAUGUUAUAUAAGCUGUGCUCUUAAAAGCUGUAACCAGUGCAUAGUAUGCAAACCUUAAAAUAAAAGUGUUGACUGACAUUUUUCACACGUUCCAGAUUGCCAAACACUGAUGAUGUUCUGCAUCAAUUUUGAUGUUUUAAUAAACAUGAAUUAUUGCAUGGAU